AUGGAGUUACCGUGUCAGCCCGUCUAUGUGAAUAUCCCGUCUUCCAACAACUUCGCCGAAAGCGAGCGCCUGCUGCUUCGGCCAAUCUGUGACUCUGAUGCCGCUGCACUGUUAGCUAUUCCUUCUCGACCGGAAUUGGCGAAGACAAACCACCCCAAGGAGCCAUUCAAAUCUAUCGAAGAAACUCGUCAAUGGAUGUCAAGUAAAACUUUUGCCGAGGGUCCCUUAGAUAUCAUUGGAUGCUCCUUUACUUUUGCGAUUCUGGACAAGUCUAUCCCCAAAUCACAGGAGCAGCUAGUUGGCUAUGUUAGCGUCAAUACGCUAGAUCCGUGCCCUGAGAUUGGAUACUCUCUACUUCCUGAAUCAUGGGGGAAGGGCUUCGCGACGGAGGCACUACGAAUGAUGCUAAAGAUGUGGUGGGACCUCCCGAGGAGAAGUGUUGAUGAUUGUAAUGGAAAUGAAGAAAAGGUUUAUGCUAUUUGUGAGAAGGCAAAUGAAGCAAGCUGUAAGGUUCUUAGGAAAUGUGGGUUCGAGGUUGUUUCUGAGUUCUGCUUUGAGGGAGAUAAGCUAUUAAUUUGGGCCUUACAGAAGUGUUAA